AAUGCAUGUAACAAUUCAAGAUGGCGACUUACAUGGCAGCAGGUUGAAUGAAUACAGGAACAAAACACCAUUAGAAAGUCUUCUUCCCGUUGUUCCUGUGUCAUAUUUUGGCCAUAUAUAGACGUCUGAGAAUUUUGACACCCAUUUUGGGUGCUUAUAGUUGUAGAAGAGCUGUUGGAUUUGCAACCGAACGCGAAACAUCAGCUUGGACAUGGCAACUUUAGGCGUGGGAAAAUUAUCACAUCCACACACAGUUGGAGGAGUAGUACAAGGAAAGGAGAAGGGAUUUCGAUCACAGGGUUUCCUGACCGGCCGGGAAUCGGCGAAAGCAAUCUUCCAUGAGCUGUAUGCAGUUGCGGAUGAAAAUGCAGGGAGGAAAUCCCCAACAAAUGACAAGAAAAAGAAGAAGAAUGAAAAGAAGGGAUCUGAUCAGAAGAAGGAUAAAUCAUCUGAGAAUAUAAGCUUUCAGCCUCCCAGCAUCGAGCUACCAGAUAAUGCUUCAUCGUUCGGCACCUAUGCAGCUGUACGUCAGUGUAUCCUGGAUAGAGAGAUCAGAGAAAGAGCUAUCAUCUUGACAUGUGCUACCGAUGGAAAGACAGAAGAUGGAACAGGGGAGGAGGAGGAAGAGAAGGAAGAUGACAAGCUUGUGUCUCUCCCUAAGGUGGUUGGUCUGGGUCUACGUAGUGUCUUUGAGUUGAUUCGGCAGACACGUGCGUCUCAUCCAGACUUCUGUGCUAAAGCUCUACAAGCUCUCCUAGACAUACUCCAAGGUCAGACACCAGAGGGUCUCAGUAAAGAACCUGAUGAUAUACUGGGUUCUUUGUUUGAACUGCUGAUGAAUCUUGCUACAUCACCUUUAGAGAAUGACACUCAUUCUCUCACCACACUCAGUAGUGCUUGUCUUCUGAGUCUUAUGGUUGCUAUGGGUAACACUGGUAAACUACUCACCGGUAUCUCUGCAUUACUCAUGAUAGUCGGCCAAAGACCUACACAAGCUUUACAGGUUCCUGCCAUCAUCGUUGCUCUUCAGCGUAGUGUACAUGCUCUGCUGGUAGGCAAGACGCACUUUCCUGAUUGGUUGAAUCUAGGUGUACCUAACCAAUCACUCAUUGAUACCUGGUCUAUCCCUGGCCUUAGUCUAGAAGCAUCUAAUGCUACUGGUUACAGUGCAAUCGCCAGUGAUGGACGCUAUCUCUACAUACAUGGAGACAAGGGACUCAGAAAGAUUGGAUCAGGUUACUCUGGUACAAUAAGGGGUGAGCUAUAUGCCUGUAAUGAAGACUUCUACCCCAGUGAGAGGGGAUGGUUAGGAUUCAGUAGAAAUCAACUCCUCUUCAAGUCUUCUAUCUUAACCUUUAACUUUGUUUUGACCCUACAGGGUGAGCUAUACGCCUGUAAUGAAGACUUCUACCCCAGUGAGAGGGGAUGGUUAGGAUUCAGUAGAAAUCAACUCCUCUUCAAGUCUUCUAUCUUAACCUUUAACUUUGUUUUGACCCUACAGGGUGAGCUAUAUGCCUGUAAUGAAGACUUCUACCCCAGUGAGAGGGGAUGGUUAGGAUUCAGUAGAAAUCAACUCCUCUUCAAGUCUUCUAUCUUAACCUUUAACUUUGUUUUGACCCUACAGGGUGAGCUAUACGCCUGUAAUGAAGACUUCUACCCCAGUGAGAGGGGAUGGUUAGGAUUCAGUAGAAAUCAACUCCUCUUCAAGUCUUCUAUCUUAACCUUUAACUUUGUUUUGACCCUACAGGGUGAGCUAUACGCCUGUAAUGAAGACUUCUACCCCAGUGAGAGGGGAUGGUUAGGAUUCAGUAGAAAUCAACUCCUCUUCAAGUCUUCUAUCUUAACCUUUAACUUUGUUUUGACCCUACAGGGUGAGCUAUACGCCUGUAAUGAAGACUUCUACCCCAGUGAGAGGGGAUGGUUAGGAUUCAGUAGAAAUCAACUCCUCUUCAAGUGCCAAGAAGGAAAUGAAGCAGCAAGAAACAUACUGGUUAGAGUGGGUACCAAUGAUCUUAAAGAACAAGGACAACUUGCCAUGCCAUCAGUCGCUUGUUCCAGCUCUGGUCUAUUCUUCAGUGAUGGUAUUAAUCUUGGUAUUCUCACUUCAGUGACUGAUGACACGUUUGUAGUGCACACCCUUGGUUCCUUGAGCGCCUUCUCUGUAGGUGUAGGUGGUGAGCUUCAAGCCAAGCUAGCUAGGAAGUGUCUCAUGGCGUAUGGUGAUGCCAUGCCAGGAGGGGAUAAAGAUGCCAAAGACUCUGAAGAAAUAGAUCCUGGUACCAAUGAGGAGAUAGUGAUGGUGGGAACAGGAAAGGAAUUCUCAAUUCUCAAGACCAGCUCAGGGAAGGUGAGUGAUGUACUCUUCUAUGAUGUGUAAUCAUCAUUUAUAUCC